ACUUUCAGCUAUGUUCAUUAAAUGUGUGAUAUUGUUGGCUAUUAUGGUAGUCUCGACAUUUGCUGCUGGAAGUAUGAAAAAUAUAACUGUCACUGGUAAGGUAGCAUGCAGCGAUCGGUCACAAAGAGAUGUUGAAAUACAGCUUUGGGAACGUGACACAUUGGAUCCGGAUGAUUUAUUGAAUACGACAAGAACCGAUAGCCAUGGACAAUUUCGACUAUAUGGAGAGGAGGAUGAAGUGAACAACAUUGAACCAUACCUAAUAAUAGUACACAGUUGCGAUAAUGGUGUCAUAAAUCCGAAAUGUUCAAUAAAAGAUCGAUAUGAUAUUCCACGAGAACAUGUUGGCAGCGUAUACAAUAUGGGCAUUGUAAGUUUGAAUAUUGUGAAGAAUCGACAGAAGAAUUGCGUCUAAAAAGUGACAUGAAAUGAAAUGAAAUGGAAUGAAAUGAAAUGAAAUGAAAAUUUCCUUAUAUGAUACUUUUUUUCCAUGAUAAUUUAUGGCUGUAAUGAUAUUUGAUACAGUUAUGUUUAUCAUAAUUUUGAAAUAAUAAAGAAAAAAUGAAUGUUUUUAAUUGAAUUCAACAUUAACAUUUAUCAAUUCC